AUGGUUCAAGAUUUGCUCAAAGAUUGCACAGUCCAAAUGCCUCAUAAGCCAGUCAAAAUUAGGGUUUUGUUUCUCUCAAGGAAUUUGGGGUUUUCAAUGGCUCAAUCAAGUCUCAUAGGCCUACAUACAUUCUCAAGCACCUACAUGCCAAGUUUCAAGACUCACAAUGCCAAUUUGCACAGUCAAAAGCUCCAUUUGAUCCACAAUCAACUGCAUGGGCAAAAUGUACUUCUUCCUUCUCCAAGGAUAGUGGCUGCUAAUCAUGUUGACCAGGAUAUACAAAGUGAUGUUGUCACUUCUCUCUACUUACUUUGUUGCAUCUUGAGGAUAGUCAAGAUCAAAGAUUUGGCAAAUACAAUAGUUGCUGCACUUUAUGACCCCUUAGAGUCCCUUACAAAAUGUUUUGGGGGUCAAGUCAAUGGAAUGGUACCUGAUAAUGGUUUUACUUCUGAAGGCGACGGGAUAGAUAAUAAUAAUAAUAAUCUUACCAAGAAUAAUAAAAAAGGCUUGGUAGUCAAUGUUCCAUGCUCACCUAGUUCUUCAGGUUUUCAUCCACAGAGUAUCACCAUGCUAAAUAAUGGUAGUAGUUCGAAUGUCGCUUUGAGGUACUUAGCUGAUCAGUUAACAAAAGUUCAAUUAGUUAAUGAGGUUAGUAAGGAUUUUGUUAUUGAGGCACUGAGAUCAAUUGCGGAGUUGAUAACAUAUGGUGACCAACACGACCCAAGCUUUUUUUUGAAUUUUUCAUGGAAAAUCAAGUUGUGGGGGAUUUUGUACGUGUUCUAA